UAUCGCCAAUUUUCUUCUUCCGAAUUCCGAUUUUUCUUGAAAAUUGUGUAAACUUAGGGUGUCUAUUUGUUAUUCAUAGAUAGCUAUAAAUAAUAAUUUAUCAGCAGUGACCAAUUGAUAUUUUUCUAUUUUGUGUUAAAAAAUAUACGUGUUUGUUUACAGCGUUAUAAUAUCAUAUAACACAAUAAAACAUAAAUUUCUAAAAUGCUGUCGAAUGUUUGUGGUUCUAGUUCAAGGAUGUUCCAACAAUUGUCAUGUUUGGUCCGAGCAGCCUCAACUUCAGCACAAAAACCCAAAACUGCUAUUGUGAUGCUCAACAUGGGAGGUCCUAAGACAGUUGAUCAGGUACAAGACUAUUUGUUAAGGAUAAUGACGGACAGGGAUAUGAUACAAUUGCCCGUCCAGAGCAAACUCGGGCCGUGGAUAGCGAGCCGGAGAACCGAGGAGGUGAAAAAGAAGUACAUGGAGAUAGGAGGAGGUUCUCCCAUCUAUAAAUGGACCGAUCUACAAGGUAAACUACUGACGGAGGCUUUAGACAAGAUGUUACCGGAGUCAGCCCCUCACAAACAUUACAUAGCGUUCAGAUAUGUACCACCCUUCACAGAUGAGACAUUCAGCCAGUUAGAAAAGGACGGUGUGGAACGGGCGGUGAUAUUCUCCCAGUACCCGCAGUACAGCUGCGCGACCACCGGCUCCAGUUUAAACGCCAUCGCCGACUUCUACAGAGACAGACAGCUGCCAAAUAUCAAAUUCAGCCUGAUCGAGCGGUGGGCGACGACGCCGCUGCUGGCGCAGGUGUUCGCGGAGAGGAUCCAGGAGAAGCUGCAGCUAUUCGAGCCGGCCGUGCGCGAUAAAGUGCUCGUGCUGUUUACCGCGCACAGCCUGCCGCUCAAGGCGGUUUCGCGCGGCGAUACGUACCCGCACGAGGUGGCGGCGUCCGUCGCGGCGACGGUCGCGCGUCUCGCCCGCCCCAACCCCCACCGCCUGGUGUGGCAGAGCAAGGUCGGCCCACUGCCCUGGCUGCAGCCGUACACCGACGACGCUAUCAAGAUGUACGCGAAGCAAGGGUGUAAGCACAUGAUUCUGGUGCCGAUCGCGUUCGUCAACGAGCACAUUGAGACGCUGCACGAGCUUGACAUCGAGUACUGCGACGAGGUGGCCAAAGAGGCGGGCGUCCUGCAAAUAGAGCGCGCGGCGGCGCCCAAUGACCAUCCGACAUUCAUAAAGGCGCUGGCCGAAGUCGUGUCGCAGCAUUUAAACAGCGGCGCCGGCGCCUCCACACAGUACCUCACCAGGUGUCCCCACUGCGUCAGCGCCAGAUGUAAGUCAUCUAAGGAGUUCUUCGAUACACUAUGUAAUGAAGGCGCUGCGAGAGUGGCUUUAUAGAUACAAAUUACAAAUAGAUAAUUGUUGUACCAGAGUAAACAGAACU